GGGAAAUUUUAAUUUGGAUUGCAUGGCCAAAGUUAUUUAAAUAGGCGUAGUGUGGCUAGUAGUUACAUAAGACUAUUCCAAAUAAGGUGUUUGUUGAACAUCCUAAACGAAAAAAAUGGUUGCUAAUGCUACGAAAACCCGAACCAUCCAACAAUGCGAAUCCAAGGGGCGAGAAAACCACAGCGUUGUGGCCGACAUGGACGGAGCUCUGCUCACGCAGCGCGGCUCUUUCCCGUAUUUCGCCUUAGUUGCUUUCGACGUUGGUGGGAUUUUACGGCUACUCCUAUUGCUAUUGGUUGCACCCUUGGCUUGGAUUUCUCGGCAUCUGUUGUCGGAAUCUGCCGAGGUUCGAGUUCUCGUGUUCGCAACUUUUGUUGGGGUUAAAAUUAGGGACAUUAAGUCGGCUGCAAAUGCCGUGUUGCCGAAGCAUUACUCGGAGGACUUGCACCCCGACACGUGGCGCGUGCUGUCAGCGUGUGGUGGGAGAAAAUGCGUGGUGACGGUGAAUCCUAGGAUUAUGGUUGAGCCUUUCUUGAAGAACUAUUUGGAUGUGGAUGCGGUUUUGGGUACUGAGAUUCUGUCGUGGAGGGGCGUCGCCACCGGGCUUGUGGCGGCUCCGGGGGUGCUUUCCGGUGAGGCGAAGACUGUGGCUGUUGGAAAGGUUUUCAAGGAUUCGCCGAUGCCGGAGAUUGGGAUUGGUGGUGACGCGGAAACUAUUGAUUUUUCGUUCACGAAUCUCUGCAAGGAGAAGUACACAGUCCCAUCGAAGCCGUGUGCCCGCCCCGUGAAGCCCGAUGAGCUCCCGAAGCCGGUGAUCUUCCACGACGGCCGUCUCGUUCAAAAACCCACAUCGUUAACGGCGUUACUAAUCAUUCUAUGGUUCCCGAUUGCCGUUCCGUUAUCCAUACUUCGUACCCUCAUCGCCACACAACUAAUCCCUCUCUCUUUGUCUUACUACAUUUUCCAUCUAAUAGGCUUCCCAAUCAUAGUCAAAGGGGCCCCACCUCCCAAACCCAACCGUUCCCACGGAAACGGCGUCGCAUUUGUUUGCUCCCACAAAAGCGUCGUCGACAGUGUCAUGGUCUGCGUCGCCCUCGGCCGCCCCGCCGUCAGCAUAGUCUACUCCGUAUCGAGACUCACCGAGAUUGUCUCCCCGCUUAAAUCAUGUCGGCUCAUGAGGGACCGGGCCCACGACGCGAAGUUGAUUUCGGACAUUCUCAAAUCGGGGCUUGAUUUGGUUAUAUGCCCCGAGGGAACAACUUGCCGCGAGAACUAUCUCCUAAGGUUUUCGUCGUUGUUCGCCGAAUUGACCGACGAGAUUUUGCCGGUGGCUAUUAAUUUAAGGGCGGGCAUGUUUUAUCCAUCGACCGUAAGAGGUCGUAAAUGGCUCGACAUGUUCUUCUUCACUAUGAACCCUAGGCCCGUUUACGAGAUCACGUUUUUGGACAAGUUAACGCCCGAGCAAACUUGUGGGGGGUCCGGUAAAUCGAGCUACGAGGUUGCGAAUAAUGUACAAGAAAUGAUUGGUAGGGUUUUGAAGUUUGAGUGUACUAAUCUUACGAGGAAGGACAAGUAUCGGAUGUUGGCUGGGACCGAUGGUCUUGUUGGGGACAAAGUUAAAGGUGGUUGAAAUGAAUCUUCUUACACGUCUAUUUAUGAAUUAAAAUGCGAUACGUAAACUCAUUUUACGAUAGAAUCACUAGUAACUAUGUAGUUUCUUAUACUAGUGGUUUGUUUUUUAGAGGAUUUAUACUAGUGAAACGAUGCUUUGCAUA